AUGCAUGCUAUGCUAGGUAAUGCUAGCCAGGUGAGUGACGGUGCUGGAGCUGUCCUGGUGAGAAGAAGUUUAGCUAUGCAAAUGGGAAUUCCCAUUCUUGUUGAAUCAUCUCUAGAGCAUCCACCAACGCCGGAAAGGAAACCCUUACCAAGUGAGCUGAAAUAUGUAUUUUUGGGAGAGAAUGAGUCAUACCCCGUUGUGAUAUCUUCCCUACUUACUUCUUCCCAAGAAAUGAAACUUGUGCAAGUGUUGCAAAGGUAUAGAAGGGCAAUAGGUUGGACAAUUGCUGAUUUGAAGGGUAUUAGUCCUUUGGUUUGUACUCAUAGGAUUUACAUGGAAGAGGAAGCUAAGCCCAUUAGACAAAUGCAAAGACGUUUAAAUCCGAACAUGAAGGAGGUAGUUAGGGGGGAGGUGCUAAAAUUGCUUGAUGCGGGGAUAGUUUAUCCCAUUGCGGAUUCCAAAUGGGUAUCUCCUACCCAAGUGGUCCCCAAAAAGUCCGGAAUUACGGUAGUUAAGAAUGACAAGAACGAAUUGGUUCCCACUCGAAUUCAAACCGGGUGGCGCAUGUGCAUUGACUACCGUAGACUCAAUAUGGUUACUCGAAAAGACCAUUUCCCCUUACCCUUCCUUGAUCAAGUCCUUGAGAGAGUAGCGGGUAGAGCCUAUUAUUGCUUCCUUGAUGGGUAUUCCGGAUAUAAUCAAAUAGAGAUAGCCUUAGAAGACCAAGACAAGACCACAUUUACAUGUCCAUUUGGAACUUUUGCUUAUAGACGCAUGCCUUUUGGGUUAUGCAAUGCUCCGGCUACCUUUCAAAGGUGCAUGAUGAGUAUCUUUAGUGACAUGGUUGAGAAAAUUGUGGAGGUCUUUAUGGAUGAUUUCUCGGUUUAUGGAGAUACCUAUGAUCAAUGCCUUGCUAAUUUGGCAAUGUCAUUUCAUGAGGUUGACAAGGCAAAAAUUGAAUUAAUUCAAAAGUUACCUCCCCCUACAUGUGUUAAAGAUGUGAGAUCUUUUUUGGGUCAUGCGGGUUUCUAUAGAAGGUUCAUUAAUUCUUUUAGUGCCAUUGCCAAACCUUUAAGUAACUUGCUUGCUCAAGAUGUCUCUUUUGAAUGGACACCACAAUGUCAAAAAGCCUUUGAUGAUUUGAAAGGUGCCCUAACCACCGCACCCAUUAUGCAAACUCCCAAUUGGAGUAUGCCCUUUGAACUCAUGUGUGAUGCAAGUGAUGUGGCGGUUGGGGCGGUCCUAGGACAAAGAAAAGAAAAAAAUGCUCAUGUUAUAUACUAUGCUAGUAAGACUUUGAAUGAUGCUCAAGUGAAUUAUACCACCACUGAAAAGGAAUUACUAGCUAUAGUCUUUGCUUUGGACAAGUUUAGAUCUUAUUUGGUUGGCUCGAAAGUCAUCAUCUUCACCGACCAUGCGGCUUUGAAGUAUUUGCUUUCAAAAGCGAAUGCCAAGCCUAGGUUGUUAAGAUGGAUUCUCUUACUUCAAGAAUUUGACCUUGAAAUUAAAGAUAAAAAAGGAGUGGAGAAUGUAGUAGCCGACCAUUUAUCUAGACUUCCCGGACAAAAUUUGAUUUCACAUGGCAUACCCAUCAAUGAACAUUUCCCGGAUGAACAACUCUUCCUCACCAAUGCCAUCUCAUCCAAAUUGACUCCAUGGUAUGCGGACAUCGCCAACUUUUUGGUGUCCGGAAAAAUGCCAUCUCAUUGGAGCAAGAUUGAUAGAUCCAAAUUCCUUCGCAAUGUGCGAAACUUCUUUUGGGAUGACCCAUAUUUGUUCAAGUAUUGUUCCGAUCAAGUGAUUCGGAGAUGCAUCCCCAAUAAUGAAUUUGAAAAUGUCCAUGCUUAUUGCCUAUCUUGUGACAAUUGCCAAAGGUUAGGUAAUUUAGGAAAACGUGAGAUGAUGCCCCUCCAACCUAUUAACAUCUUGGAAAUUUUUGAUUGUUGGGCCAUUGAUUUCAUGGGACCUUUCCCUAAUUCAUUUGGUUAUUUGUAUAUCUUGGUUGGUGUGGAUUAUGUGUCAAAGUGGGUAGAGGCUAUCCCUUCUCGAACAAAUGAUCACCAAGUUGUGAUAAAAUUUUUAAAAGAAAACAUUUUCUCAAGAUUUGGGAUGCCUCGAGCCAUCAUAAGUGAUGGUGGGUCUCACUUUUGCAAUGCCCCGGUUAGAACUUUGAUGAAACGAUAUGGCAUUUUGCACAAAGUUGGCACCCCAUAUCAUCCACAAACAAGUGGCCAAGCGGAAUUGGCAAAUAGGGAGAUUAAACGUAUUCUUGAAAAAACGGUUGGUCCCAAUAGAAAAGAUUGGUCUUCCAAAUUGAUUGAUGCUUUGUGGGCUUACCGUACUGCAUAUAAGACUGCCCUUGGAAUGUCUCCUUAUAGACUUGUCUAUGGCAAGGCUUGCCACUUGCCGGUGGAAUUGGAGCACAAGGCCUAUUGGGCCAUUCGCACUUUGAAUGACUCCACCGAUCAAGUUGGGGGGCAUCGCAAACUCCAAAUCCAAGAGAUUGAGGAGUUGAGGAAUGAUGCUUUCGAAAAUGCCAAAAUUGCUAAGCUCAAAAUGAAAAGAUACCAUGACAAGCACAUUGUGAGGAAAGUUUUUCAUGUGGAUGGUUAUUCGGGGUAUAAUCAAAUCCCCAUUGCUCCGGAAGAUCAAGAAAAGACUACUUUCACUUGUCCUUUUGGUACUUUUGCUUAUAAACGGAUGCCUUUCGGGUUAUACAAUGCACCGGCCACCUUUCAACGGUGUAUGAUGAGUAUUUUCAGUGAUAUGGUGGAGCACACAAUUGAGGUAUUUAUGGAUGAUUUUUCUGUUUUUGGUUCAUCAUUUGACUCUUGCUUGACAAAUUUAUCUAUGGUGCUUCAAAGAUGUGAAGAGACUAAUUUAGUGCUUAAUUGGGAGAAAUGUCAUUUCAUGGUGCAAGAAGGGAUAGUCUUGGGGCAUCGAAUUUCUCAAAAGGGCAUUGAAGUGGAUAGAGCUAAGAUUGAACUUAUUGAGAAACUCCCUCAACCAACUUCGGUUAAAGAGGUGAGAAGUUUCUUGGGGCAUGCGGGAUUCUAUAGGCGCUUCAUCAAAGAUUUUUCCAAAAUCACAAAGCCUUUAUGUGAAUUGUUGUUGAAAGAUGUGAAGUUUCAUUUCACAAAGGAGUGCUUGGAAGCUUAUACCACUCUUAAGGAAAGGCUCACUACAGCCCCUAUUAUCACUUCUCCGGAUUGGAACAUUCCAUUUGAGCUUAUGUGUGAUGCUAGUGAUUAUGCUAUGGGAGCGGUUCUUAGUCAAAGGAAGAAUAAAAUUUUGUAUGUUAUCUACUAUGCUAAUGCUUAUUCGGGGUACAACCAAAUCAAGAUAAACCCAAAAGAUGAGGAGAGUACCUCAUUCAUAACUCCAGAAGGGACAUAUUGCUAUAAAGUUAUGCCUUUUGGACUUAAGAAUGCUGGUGCCACUUAUCAGAGGUUGGUAAAUCAUGUCUUGGCUGAUCAAAUAGGGAAAACAAUAGAAGCAUAUGUAGACGACAUGGUUGUGAAGAGUAAAAGGGCUGAAGAUCAUCCUUCAGAUCUUCAGAAAGUCUUCAACACUUUGGCAAAAUUUCAAAUGAAAUUGAACCCAGACAAAUGCGCAUUUGGAGUAAGCUCCGGAAAAUUCCUUGGCUUCCUUGUCACUAGUAGAGGAAUCGAAGCGAACCCAGAGAAGGUAGAAGCCAUACUUCAGAUGGAGCCUCCAAAGUCUCCGAAGGAGGUCCAGAGAUUAACUGGAAGAGCAGCAGCACUUGGGCGAUUCCUUGCUAGGUCAGGAGACAGGUGUAGACCUUUCUUCCAAGCUUUAAAAAAGGCCAAGGAGUUUCAAUGGACUGAAGAAUGUCAGAAGGCAUUUGAGGAUUUGAAAAAAUACCUCGGACGUCCUCCCCUACUAACAUGUCCAAAAGAAGGAGAGGUAUUGUACUUGUACCUUGCUACGACAGAUCAUGCAGUAAGUGCAGUCCUUCUCCGGGAAGAAGAUAAAAUGCAGAAACCGGUAUAUUAUGUCAGUGAGGUCAUGAUUGAUGCUGAAACUCGUUAUACUGAAGCAGAAAAGUUUGCUUUAGCAUUGGUUACUGCUGCUCGAAAACUGAGACCCUACUUCCAAGCCCAUACGAUAGUGGUUCUUACUGACCAACCAUUGAAGAACAUUCUUCAGAAGCCGGAUACAUCAAGAAGAUUGAUAAAAUGGUCCAUAGAGUUGAUUACACCGACCGAAGAUGACUACCCUCAGUGGAACCUUUUCGUUGAUGGAUCGUCUAAUCAAGAGGAAUACGAAGCAGUACUAGCUGGAUUGAGAUUGGCCGUCGAACUCGAAGUCAAAAAUUUAAUAAUCAACAGUGACUCUCAGCUAGUGACUGAACAAAUGAAGGGAGACUAUGAGGCGAGAGGACUAAACAUGGUCAAGGCAGCAAGAUAUACUUUGAUUGACGGAGAGUUAUACAGAAGGUCCUUCACACUUCCAUACCUGCGAUGUUUGGCACCUAGAGAAGCUGAUUAUGUUUUAAGGGAAGUGCAUGAAGGAAUUUGUGGAAGUCAUAUAGGAGGAAGAACACUGAGCUAUCAAGUGCUACGUUGUGGAUACUACUGGCCUACGAUGGUGUCAGAUGCCAAAAAACUUGUUCAAAAAUGUGAUAAGUGUCAAAGGCAUUCUAACAUACCCCAUCUUCCUCCUAGUCAGAUGGUGCCUGUUCAGAGUCCUUGUCCAUUUGCUCAGUGGGGUAUGGAUCUUCUUGGUCCAUUCCCACCAGCAUUGGGUCAAAGGACAUAUCUGAUAGUAGUCGUGGACUACUUAACUAAGUGGGUAGAAGUGGAGCCACUUGCAACUAUUUCUGAGAAUAAGUUCAAUAAAACAACAGUUCAGAAGUUGUCACAAUCAAUCCUCCCAUUAGACUCUUCGGUUCAAUCCGGCCACUUCGGCCCAAAUGCUUAG